AAGUGUCGGCCUAGGCCCGGGAGUUGAAAGCCGACCUGGCUGCCGCACAAGGGCAUCUUGAUGGGCCGGCCCAUGCACAUUGUAGCCUGAGUGGAGUGAGCAAGCUACUGUGGCUGCCGAUUUACUGCAGCGAACCCGGGUACUACCGUAGCAAAAAAAAAUUGAAAUUGUUUUUAAACACGAACAUAUUUUGAAAUUUUGAACACUUUGUGCAAUGCAAACAUUUUUUGAAGUUCAGAACAUUCUUUGACUUCUUCAUUAGGCCAAAUUCUUCAACUUCUUCUUCUUCUUCUUCUUCAAUAGUACUAUUAGUCCAUCAAUUAUUUCAUCGGAAAGAAGUUAGUCAAUUAAUAUAACCUGACAUCAUCAGUAUCCUAUGACUAACAUUGAUCUCUCAUUUUAGCACCUUUUUAGCACGAGUAUAUAUUUUUGUUUAGAACAAUUGAUUCGUUUUUUCUUGCGGACAGUCUGGGCCUCGACGGUUGGAAACACAUGUGGCCCGCCUAGAAAGGGUAACGACCUUAGUCAUCGAAGUUACUUUGUAAUUUUUUAGAUAUUAGGCUCAAAUCAGUGUACCUGUAAUUUUUACGAGUACGAAUAAAGUUACAAAUUUUAGAAAGAAAAAAAUUGUAACUAUGGCGAAUGCAUUCGCUUGUGGGCCCACGUUGUCGCUACCAAGUAAGGACGGUCGGCAGGAACCGAGGGGAAGAGAGAGCGCGCGCGUGCCUCCGCAUUCCGCCGAGCAGCUCGCGGGCGUCGGCGCCCACCGGCGGCUCCUCCUCCGAUGGUGGCCCCGCGUCCGGGUUAGCGGUUGGCCUCCUCUCCCGCUCGCGCUGCUCGACCUGCCUCCCCUCAGUCAGGCGGGUACGGCUCGGCGUAUCGCCGCCGUCCGCAACGGCAGCUUCCCGAACAACGCGGCCGGCCGGAACGGCAGGGCGGGAGCAGCGACGGGGCGCGUGUUGCCUCGCUCGGUCGCUCUCGGCGAUGGCGCAGGCAAGCAGCGACCAACGCAUUCUUCUUGGAUGACUAUCCGCAUCUUCUCCGCCACAGGUGGGUAAUUUCUCCCAACACAUCACAUCGCGUCUUCUUCCUAAUAAUUUCCCCCGUGUGAAUUGUGAAACCGUAUGUGUGCAAUGUAAAUCUUGCCUUCCUCUGCACAACAGUGGCUGUCAACUACUAGCACAAGUCACAUGAGUCUUGCACAAGCCUGGGCACCUUCAUGUGUCUUUGAUGCUGCAUCCACAAUUUAGUCGCCUUCACAAUCGGCGUCGUCCAUCGUGUCCAUCUUGCCUUCUUGUGCACCAGUGGCUGUCAACUACUAGCACAAGUCAAAAAAGUCUUGCACAACCUUGUUCCCUGCGUCGCCCAAGCACAGGUGGCGUUCCCUCCUCCAUUGAUGAAUUGUAUGAACGUUGCUAGUUCACAUAUGACGGGGUUCCAAGAAGAAACAGAGGUCAGCAAGUCUUGCACAAGACCUCACAAGUCAGCAAACCUGUAUUCAAGAUGUUGAUGUAUGGCACGCACGCAGACCGCCAAUUCAUGACCAAGUGGAAUUCCCUGUUCUACUUUUUGACACAUGUAUGGUGGCGUGCUUCGCUCGGUUGUUGACAACGCAUUCUACAACUUAUUAUAUGCGCGAAAGUCUUCCAGAGUUCCCACGGGAGAGGGCGGGAAAGUCUUCCGGUUCCUCUGCAAAUCACAUCUUUGAUAGGCUUCUGAUAUACAGAACAGGGAGGGUGCUCUGUUCUCUCCCGCCUUUUGGGUUCUACAAACAAAAUUCUGUUAGCCAGGAUGAGGCCGGUGCUGUUGUUGGUGUGGUUGUGGAGCUUGGCACCCACUGCCAUGAACAUCAAGGUGGCACCUGCAGUCCCUGAUCCUCCAUCUGCCCCUAGCCUCGCGCACUGCCCCAAAACCUGUGGGGAUGUGAGCAUCUCCUACCCCUUCGGCGUCGGGCCAGGCUGCUUCCGGCAAGGCUUCGACCUCAUCUGCGACACCACCACCAAGCCUCCCAAGCUCUUCCUAGGCAACACCACCACCCAGGUGAUCAGCCUCUUCCCUUCAGGAACCGUCCUUGCCUCCAUCAUGUACACCAUCCCCAUGGUGCCGGGUGUUGGCACCUACAACCUGUCUUGGGAGUCUCCAGGGAGAAACCUCAACAUCGCGACCUACAACUACCUGGCGUUCCUCGGCUGCGGCAUCGGGGUCUACCUGUACCACCCUGACACGGGCGAUCUCGUCGGCCACUGCACGGUUAAGUGCGCCUCCAUGGCGAGCAUGCUCCUCGUGACGGAAGGAGGAGGGAUCUGCAACGGCAUGGGCUGCUGCACCGUCACAUUCCCCGUGCCGUUCCGAGGCUUUAGGGUGACCAUCGUGAAGAACAAUGAGACAGUACCGCAGCCUUUUGCUAAUAUCACCAUCAAGGCUUUCUUGUCAUUCCGCCCGUAUAUCUUUAGUAUUGCGGACCUGUUGUCUGAUAAGAUAAAUGCGAGCACUGUUGGUGCCUCCUCUGCUGCGUACCUCUCGACUGUGAUCACAGAUAAUCCCAAUUGUGCUAAAGCUCGGUCGGAUGAUAAGACACGGUAUGCCUGUGGCAGUAGCAAUUGUGAGAAUGUGGCAAAUGGAGGCUACUAUUGUACCUGCUCUGGCAGUUCUGAUGAUGGUAAUCCCUACAUUCUUGAUGAUUGCAAACAAGAGUAUAAUCAUACCCCCAAAAUGAACUGUUCUAGAUCAUGUGGUAGCACAAACAUUCCUUUCCCUUUUGGGUUUGAACCAGGGUGUUAUGCUACCAGGAGAUUUCAACUGAAUUGCGCAUCCAAUCGCACUCUUAUUGGCAGACCACCUGUAAAAUAUGAAGUGACAAAUAUUUCAUUAGAUGAUGGACUGCUAUAUGUUAAUAAGCUUUCAGAGUUUGAAGAUGCCAACAUGAAUUAUCUAUCAAUAUACUACGGUGGCUCUGGAUAUUUUGGUCAGCAACUAGUAUAUGGAUUGGAUAAGUCUGAUUUAUCUGAGGAAUUUGGUGUCUGGAGGUGGUCUGCGGCCAAUCUGACAUGUGAAAAUGCAAAAAACGACAGUGCAUAUGCAUGCCGUAGCGCGAAUAGUGAGUGUAUUGGUGUCACACAUGGAAAACUCUACAUUGGUUACCGAUGCAAGUGCUCUCCUGGCUUUGAAGGAAAUCCUUAUGUCCAAAAUGGAUGCACAGAUAUUGACGAGUGCCUGAUACCCAAUAACUGUAAUGGGGCAUGCUAUAACCUGAAAGGAAGCUUCCGUUGUUGCCCUCACGCUACAUCUUUUGAUCCUGUAGGAAAACAGUGCACUCCCGAUAAGCGGCAAAAUCUUAUUUUGGGGGUUUCUACUGGGAUUGGCAGUGGUUUUGGAGUGCUAGCUCUUGCACUGGGUGCGAUUGUACUGGUGAGGAGAUUGAAGAGAGGCGCUCAAAGGAAAAUCCGAAGGGCAUUCUUCAGAAAAAACAAAGGCCUGCUCCUGGAGCAGCUGAUCUCGUCCACCAGUGAAAGCGUCACUCACAGCACAAGGAUAUUUUCCUUGGAAGAGCUAGAGAAAGCAACCAACGACUUUGACCCGACGCGUGUCCUCGGGCACGGAGGCCAUGGCACCGUCUACAAGGGGAUUCUAUCCGACCAGCGGGUGGUGGCCAUCAAGAAGUCCAAGAUGGUGGAGCAGAGCGAGAUCGACCAGUUCGUCAACGAGGUGUCCAUCCUGUCCCAGAUCAUCCACCGCAACGUGGUGAAGCUCUUCGGGUGCUGCCUCGAAUCCGAGGUGCCGCUUCUCGUGUACGAGUUCAUCUCCAACGGCACGCUCCAUGACCUCCUCCACGGCGACCCGGGCGCCAAAUGCUUGCUGACGUGGGACGAUCGUAUCAGGGUUGCUCUGGAGGCUGCAGGGGCGCUUGCCUACCUCCACUCGUCCGCCGCGAUGCCGAUCUUCCACAGGGAUGUGAAAUCUGCCAACAUACUCUUGGAUGAAAAUUUCACCACCAAGGUCUCAGACUUCGGCGCCUCCAGGUCCAUCUCCAUCGACCAGACUCACGUGGUCACCAUCGUGCAGGGGACGUUCGGGUACCUAGACCCGGAGUACUACUACACUGGUCAGCUCACCGAGAAGAGCGACGUCUACAGUUUCGGUGUGAUACUCGUCGAGCUCUUAACAAGGAAGAAGCCAAUUUUUCUCAACAGUCUUGGUGAGCAACAGAACUUGUGUCAUUACUUCCUUGGACGGCUGAAAGACGAAGCCGUCAUGGAUGUUAUUGAUUCUCAAGUUGUGGAGGAGGCCAACCAGAGCGGGAUCGACGAGAUCGCGUCGGUCGCCGCGAUGUGCUUGAGGACUAGAGGCGGACAAAGGCCUAAGAUGAAAGAAGUGGAGCUAAGGCUGCAGCUGCUGCGAGCUAGGAGACGGCCUUGUAGAACACGCGAACAGGAGCUGCGAAGGGACGGCGACACCAAGCCAUUGUUGUCAACUCCAGUGAAGCCCAGAUCUACUUCUGUGGCCAUGGCCAAGAACGUUGAGCUUGGCGUCGUCGCUGAUAAUCCGCCAUCGCGGACUCUCACGAGGUGCUACUCCAUGGAGCAAGAGAUGGCAGCUUCAUCAGAGUUUCCUCGUUAGAUGCAGAAUCUGUUACGAAGAGGGCUUCCCCACUGCGCCCCGUUUUGUUUAUCGAGACUGUUGCAGCACCUUGAUUUUAGUUUGGGGGUAUCACAAUUCAAUCCCUGUAACUAGUAGUAGUGACUAGUGGUAGAUAGUGGAAGAAUGUGAUGAUGCACAAAUUCAGUGUAGGAAUGUGUGCACGAAUAUUCAGUGUAAGAAUGUCCACACCAGAUUCAGUGUAAGAGUUUUAUUGCCAUUUUUUUUUACCCCUCAAA